UCACCCCCGGCCCCUUGUUUUGAUUUGUUUAUAUUCCUUUCCGCCUCGCCUGGGAAUUAGAGGAUCAAUGAUUGAUAGGUCGGCAUUUCUGUUCUCCUUAUAAGAUAUCAUCUCAUCUCAUCUCAUGCGUCACUAGUUAUAUACUAGUACUAUUUAUUUUUUGUUGCAGAUAAGAGAUACUAAUGUUGUAGCUAGCUAACAAUAGCAUGGAGCCAGCCAAUUCAAACCCAACCCAACUUGUUGAGCUAGGCACACGCAUUCAUAUGCACGUUCUAUUCUAUAUAUUUAGUAGUGUUUGCUUGCUUAGUUCAAAAUUAUAAGCAAACAAAUUAAAGCUAGCUAGAAAGAGUUGUAGGUAUGAAGAAGCAUUUGAAGAAGCCAAAAAUCAUUCUGGUUCCUUAUCCUGCACAGGGACAUGUUAGUCCCAUGCAAGAGCUAGCUUGGGCCUUUGUGAGCCAUGGAUUUGAGCCUGUGAUAGUCCUCCCCCAAUUCCUUCACAGGAAGAUCACGCUUGAUAAUUACAACAACAAAUUAGAUGAUGAGAUCAAGUGGGUAGGUUUACCAGAUGGUACCCAAGAAGGUGAAGCCCCAGAUUUCUUUAGCAUUGAAUCAGCCAUGGAGAACAACAUGCCAAUUCACUUGGAAAACCUGCUUUACAAUUACAAGCUUAAGCAUCAAGAGGAUAAUGGUGAUGUGGUGUGUUUGGUGGUUGACUUGUUGGCAUCUUGGGCCUUACAAGUGGGCCACAGGCUUGGGAUUCCUACUGCUGGGUUUUGGCCUGCCAUGUUUGCUUCAUAUCUCCUCAUCGCAGCAAUACCUCACAUGCUCCGGACUGGCAUCAUUUCUGAUUCAGGACUUCCACAACAUGAAGGUAAAAUUACCUCUGUGCCUGAGCUGCCCAUAGUUUCAACUGAGGAUCUACCAUGGCUUAUUGGAACAGUUGAUGCAAGAAAAGCCAGAUUUAGAUUUUGGAUCAGAACUUUAGAAAGAUCAAGAACCCUUAAAUGGCUCUUAGUCAAUUCUUUUCCUGAUGAAACCAAACUUGAGCUACAAUCUCACGAAUUGCCCAACAACAAGGGCUCACAAGGUGUUUGUCCAAUUGCAUUGCCAAUAGCUCCAAUUUGUAGGGAUCAAAUAACCAAGAGUCUCAGUUUUUGGGAAGAAGAUUUGAGUUGCUUGAAGUGGCUUGCAACCCAGAAGGAUAACUCAGUUGUUUACAUCUCAUUUGGAAGCUGGGUCAGUCCAAUUGGGGAACCCAAGAUGAAAAGUCUAGCACUUGCACUUGAGGCUUCAGGGAGGCCUUUCAUUUGGGUUUUGAGGUCCACUUGGAGAGAAGGCUUACCUGUUGGAUUAUUGGACAGGGUUUCUAAGCAAGACAGAGGCAGAAUAGUUUCUUGGGCACCACAAUUGAAGAUUUUGCAACAUAAGUCUGUGGGUUGUUUCAUCACACAUUGUGGUUGGAAUUCCACAUUGGAGGCUUUACAAUCCCAAAAGAAGUUGCUGUGCUACCCUGUUGCAGGGGACCAGUUUGUGAACUGUGCCUUUAUUGUUCAAGUGUGGAGGGUGGGUUUGAAACUCAAUGGGCUUGGACAGAAGGAUGUUGAAGAAGGACUUGCAAAGGUGAUGGAAGAUAAGGAAAUGGAUAUACGGUUAAUGAAAUUAUGUGAAAGAAUCAUGGGGAUGCAGGGUGAUAGUAAGAGGGGAGCUUUAAUGGUGAAAGCAUUCCUGGAAGAUAUGGAGAAGAAAGCAUCCACCCUUUGAUGAAAAUGCUUCUUAAAUCUUCAUUACUAUUCCAGUUUGUAUCAUAUUGUCUGCUGGGAUUACUCUCUCCUUAGCCUUGGACAGUUGUUGAAAUGAAAUUAGGCUAAAUUGUAAUCUGGUGUGUCAUAAAUUCAUUAAAUAUCAACAUCUCAAAUUUUAUUUCA